CUUCUGUGCAUAUUUUCUUUUUUUUUUCGCCUAGAAACCAUUAAUACAUGUUUGUUUACUUUUCUUUCUUUAUUCCCCCUAGACCAUUCAUUAUACCCAGACUGGCGAUUUUACCCCCGCCUUAAUCUUCAUCCCCCAAGUUUGAGCAUGUCAUACGCACCUUGAAGCGACUGUAUAUACCCUCAUUUAUACCAUAUUUCACCACGAAAAAAGCAGUCGUGUCUACCAUUCGUUCCAAUACCCACUGCGCAUCACGGAAAAGCUACUUUUUCUACAUCAGACUUCUUCCCUCACACAAUGCCGACCCAAAAAUGGCCCAAACCCCUCCCGCAAAGCAUCGAAAGGCUCUCCAUCGCCAGCAUGCCAGUGAUCGAGCCCAGUGACCCGGAGCCGCUAAACGAAAACGGCUUCCUGCUCGGCCGCGUGAUCCGCCUCGAGGUCGCGCUGCAGAGCAUCCCCGUAUCGGACCCCAAAGAGGUCUUUGAUCACCCGUCCGCCGGACGACGCUGGGUCGUCAGGUGCAGGAACCGCGAGGAGCUCCUGGGCGCCGUCGCCGGCGAGCAGGGCCCCUACCCGCAGACGGCCGCAAACCAGCACAAGAAUGAGGCUUCGGCGCUCGUGCUUCGAGAGCUCGGCCUCGAGGGCCUGCAGAUCUUCUUCCGCGAGGACAUGGUCACCCUCGAGGGUUUCGCGGGCUGGGGUGAGCACCACGGCGUCCCGGGCCUGCCGCCGCGCCUCAAGAGCUUCAUUCGGCGAUUCCGCCGCAUAUUGUGUCCGAUAGAGGAGUUCCUGGCCAUGACGGACGCCAUCCUCAGCACGCCGCCCGCCGAGAAGAUCCCACCGCCCCCUCCAGCCCCGAAGCAGAGGCCGACUUGUCUGGCCGCAAUCAGGCGCAUCUUCCGAAAUACCGACGAGGUCCUCAGGGAUGAGCUGGAGCGCACACGUCGGAUGGCGCCGCCGGCGAUCCGCACCAUCCCAUCACCGCAUGUUGACUUUUGCGAACUGCUGUUUCCGCCAGGCUACCUCGUUCCUCCUCAGGGCACCGUGGAGGAGCAGCAUGUGGACCGUGAGAUCGUGGUGUGCCUGAACAGCGCCGAGGAGGCCACCGACUUCAGCCGGGACGCGUUCCUGCUCGCCAGCCACGCACCCGACGUCAUGAUCAAGGGCCGCGAGACCCCCAGCUACGAGCCGGAGAUGGAUGACCUGUGGGAGAGGUAUCGGCGCUGCCAGGAGUUUUGCAUCUCCCCCGCCGAUGUCUACAGGAAUAAAGAGGCUGGCAGUUCGCGCCGGCUGAUUUGUGUCUUUCGCAGGAAGUCGGCUCCUCGCCCGGUUGUCAUCCUCGACUAUGACGUUAUUGGCCUUGCCUUUUGAGGACCUCAAGCACCCAGGGCCUGCUAACAACGUCUGUUAAAGUCCUGCCCAGGCCUCCAAACAACAAAGGCUUCUGCAGCUUGAUAAUCGAGGGUUUCAAAAGAGUUGGUUUUGUAAUCGCGUCAACACGCAUGAUCGUCAAGAAGUUAUGUUUAAUGGUAUUAUACACAGAAAUUGUCAUGAAACUAUGAGGACAAAGAGGAACAGCCAUUGGCGUUGGGACACUAGCGUUGAAAUAUCAGGAUUGUUUACCGAAAAAAAAAGAAACAAAAAAGAACAAAAAACUCAAAUUAGGGUAUCUUAUUUCGCUGAGAGUUAUCCUUCUAGCGACUGCUUUGCCCCUUCAAUCGGUUUAUUGGCCAACUCACUGGAGUUCGAAGGGUUCAAAGGUGCAAAUAAAACAAAUUCAUACAAAAUCAACGAGAGCGACGUCAAGUGAAUUGGGAGAGGAGCCGUGCAUCGGAGGCCAGGGGGCCGACACUAGGACUUGUUCACCGCGACCUUCUCCCAGUUCAUUGGGCCAGGGGCCUCGUAGGUGCCGGCCUUGGAUAGAACUAGGCCGAGACCUCGGUGAAUUUCACAUUGAAAAGGGGCAAACGGCACGCCCUCACCAUCGAUGCUGAUGUAGCCGCUUGCCUGGUUGCGAGGAGUGAUGCGAUAGGCUGAAACCUUGCGGUACCUGACGCGAGAGUCAUCAAAGAACUUGCCGCUCUCGACGAGCGUCAUCAG